UGUCUCACUGCAGAAUACUGCGCAUGUCCACAGCUCACCCGCACCAUGAGGACGACCUUCGCCAGCGCCGUGCUCCUCCUGGCCGUGGCUGCGUGGACCGCCGCUGCCGUGGACUUCCCGCUGCCCAUGAAGUCCUCGGGGUCGCUCCUGGAGGACACGAAGGUGGAGUGCAACCGGAAUAUCAAGAGGUGCUGGUUCCUCUCCUUCUUCAAGCCCAGCGAGCCCAUCUGUGCCAGUGACCUGCAGACCUACAGUGGCGAGUGCUACCUCUGCUCCAGGGUCCUAUACGAAGGGCUGAACAUAACUAAACUAUAUGAUGGACCAUGUGGUCCCUGGACCAACACGAGAACACAACUGACGCCCUGGAGCCUGCUGGAUGGGGCGCAGCAGCCGGACUGGGACGAAUCAUCAGCCAAGAGCAAACAGGAGGAAACUACCUGAACCUGGCAUGAAGAACCCAAGAACUCAGAUCCCCAGCGGCUGCAGGAAAAUUAGGCUUCCUGCUCCAGCACCAGGAUUUCUCCCUCAAUAAACAGAUCUUAGCAAAAA